AUGGAAUCUCUUUAUGAAUUAGUUCUUUUAGGCUGUUCAAAUCUUCAAAGGUUUCCAGAGAUUGAUGGCGAAAUGAAAUGUUUACAGCUGCUUCAUUUAGAUGGAACAGGCAUUGAAGAACUUUCCUCUUCAAUUGUUGAAACUUUGCCAGAGAAUUUGCUGCAAGUAGAAUUUUUGGAGGAGCUUGAUUUAAGUGAAACUUCCAUAACAAUGCCAUCAUCCUUCAUUUUUCAAUUUAAAAAUCUGAAAGUUUUGUUUUUCAAAGGAUGCCAGGGAACUACGGAUUCCAUGGCUCUGAUGUUACCUCCUUUGUCAGAAACUCUUACUCGACUUUCCAACCUAGAUUGGCUUGAUUUGGUAGAUUGCAGGAAGCUUAAAGCACUACCUAAGCCUCUCCCUAUGAUGAAACAAGUGGGCAUAGAUGAUUGUGCUUUACUGGAAGAAGCUGCAGAUCCACUAACAGCAAUAGGAAAUGAUUCACUUCAUCGGGGAUUUGAUGAAUUUGGAGGUAAUAACAGCUUCAAAUUGGCUGAGAAAAACAAUCCAUUGACUUUGCUAAAAAAAAUUAUUAAGGUAUUUGCGAAUGUAACACGGGUCUUUGACAUUUUUGUACCUGGAAGUGAAAUCCCAGAAUGGUUCAACCAUCGGACGGAUGGAUCUUCAAUAAAGAUAACACUGUCUCCUAAUAUUCAGAAUGAUAGUCAGUGGGUGGGAGUUGCUCUCUGCUGCGUUUUUGUCAAUGAUGAAGCCAACAGUUUUGACAAUGAUAGGUGGAAGCCGUCGAAGGAUAUCUGCCGUCGAAGGAUAUCUGCCAUCAAAUGGAUGGUUACUAUUGUAAAUAUGGUCGGACCUGUUAUUUCCUCCCAAUGAAUUGGGGGCACCAUGCCAAGAAGGAUCACCUUUGGCUAACUUAUAUGUAUCGUUUCCAGUUUUAUCUCGAUGAGGUCAACGAAUUUGAACCUGGAAUACGAAAGGGAAUACGAAACGAGUCGUAUUGCAAAGUGAAGAAGUAUGGGCUUCGAAUAGUGUAUAAGAAAGAUUUGGAAGAGAUGGAACAAAUACAAGAGCAGCACAGCAGUCCAGCUUCUACAGGGAAUGGUGGUGCCCUUGGAAAGCGAAAGAGAGAUAUCUGUGAGAAAGGGGCAGGGCCAAGUGAGAUUGACGGGGCUGAAGAGAGACUACCACCACAUUGGCAGAAAAAAUUUUAAAAUUUCAUGAUGGGAAGAAACAAUAAUUCUGGUUGAAUUGGAUGAUUAUCAAGUGGAAUAAUUGAGACAAGCUGCUGGAGGCAAGUGCAUUACUCUAUAUGAAAGCUGGUGGCAGUGUGAAAUCUGUUUUAAGUCGUGUGGAGAAUAAACAUCUUAUCUUUGCUAUAAGAUUGUUUUGUAAAUUGUUAAAUUUAAAACAAAUUUUCAUUUGUUGCCAUUCGUGUUGCUUAGGCCUUAGUUAUAUUAUGAUUGGUUGCAUAUUGUAAUGGUGUUUUGGUGUGAUUGAGUGCCUGGUUUAAUAGCUUUGUGUGAACAUUUUUUUAAUGAAAAAUAGUAGAAUUUCAUUAGAUAUCCGAAAAAGAGUCGAGGGUACAAAAGAAUUCAGGAAGAGACUUCCACCACAAUUUUUGGUGUCCCACUUCACAAUCAACUAUAGCAAGGUUAUUAUUUGCAAAGACAUUAGCACUCCUCCUAACAUAAGAAAA